AGCAGACAACCUCGUUCCGUUCUGUCUGGUUACGAGAUUGCAUCAAACACUCAGUGAUUUCAAAUUGUUUCUUCUUUGCUGUUGAAAAGGGACACAAUCUAUACGUAAAGAAUGACAUUCACAAUGUCGCAUUAAAGGCAACCGCUUGAGGUUACGUUAGAGCCACACCAUGACGUCAUCAGAAAGCCCCUCCCACGAGCAGACAGCGGAGAGUGCUGGAGAGAAGGCAUCGGGACACCAACAGCUGCAGACGAUCUCGGAGAAUGAGGUCACGUGUUUUGAACCACACAGCGAGAAACAAGACAAGUAUACACAUAUUACAAACAAAAUUCUCUCAGUGGAUGAAUCUUUUCUUUACUCCAGCCAGGCCAGCUUAGCAGAUUAUCAGGUCCUGGGAACGCGAAAGCGUGCCCAUACCAUGCAAAAUAUUCACGAGAGAGCUAGCUUCCUCGACUUGACCAGCGAGCUCCACUUCAGCAAGAUGCUUCACAAAGCCCUUUUCUACAUCCGCGAUGAUGUGACCUUCGGAUCAACAGCUGGGCUGAACAUGCCAGUGAUUGACACCCUGACCCCUGACCUGGUGCCCCUGAAAGAAGAUUCGAACCUCAACACGGUGCCCAGCUUGAGUUACGCCAAGAAUCUCCUGGUAGUCAGCCUAAGCGUGACCUUGAUGUUCAUUGCGCUGGGUUCAGUUCGUAACCUUCAAAGCAGCAUGAAUCACGAGGCAGGCGUGGGUGUCAUCUCCAUGGCGGUCAGCUUUGCAGGUUACAUGCUUGGAAGUGUCGUGAGCGCCUCACUUGUGCAGAUAUUUCAGCCCAAGUUUUGCCUGGUUUCUGGAUUAUUCCCACAGUUCCUGUACAUCGCGUCCAACCUUUACCCGGCAAUGUGGCUCAUGGUCCCUGUUUCCUUGGCUCAAGGCUUCGCUUUGGCCAUCUUGUGGAACGCCAUGAGUACCUACGUUGUUCUUUUAGCCAGGGGGAAAGCACUGCUACAAGAUAUACACUUCUCAGUGGUUUCCUCCCGUUAUUUUGGAUUUUUCGGAUUGUUUUUUCAAAGUUAUUUUGUCAUCGGUAAUUUAAUUUCCUCUUUAGUUCUGUCACAAAGUGGGGCAUCGCCUGCAGAUUUAAAUAAUAUAACAGACUUGAACUCCAAUAGUUUUGUCACUGACAAUACACAUUCAAUAAACGCCAGUAUAGAUGAGUCUCACAAUAGCUCCUCUAACAGGUACAUCACACCAAGUCAUAUUCAUCUCUGUGGGGCCACUUUUUGGCAACACUUUGACCUGGGAGGAGAGGCGUAUCAUGUGGAGGAGAAGACGAAAUAUCUACUUUUAGGGAUCUACCUUGGUUUUGUCCUGCUCUCAAUAAUCAUAGCUGUUUUAUUCCAAGAAAAACUCAACCCUAAGUUAUUUGAGUCCGCGCUGCCAGCCUUAGAAAGGUUUAAACAACAGCUUCUAUCUUUGAAGAAAUUUUCUUAUGACCGCCAUUUUCUUCUUCUGCUGCCAAUGCUGAUGUAUUCUUUUAUGGAAGUUGGAUUUAUAACAGCAGAAGUGACCAAGGCGUACGUCACGUGUGCUCUGGGCAUCCAUAUGGUUGGUUACACAAUGAUUUGCUUUGGCGUGUGUGGAUGCCUCAGUUCUUACCUGAGUGGAUUUCUCAAUAAAUUCACAGGCUACAGACCUUUAAUGAUCACAGCCGUUCUGCUCAAUCUCGCGGUACUGGUACACAUGAUCGUCUGGAAACCAAGUCCUAACGAGUUACUUCCCUUCUUUGUUGACUUUGGACUGUGGGGAGUUUCUGAUGGUAUCUUUGUCAGUCAGGUCAAUAGUCUCUUGAGUGCCACAUUCCCAAACAACUAUGAAGAAGCAUUCGCAGGACUAAGGAUAGCUCAAGGCUUUGGGGUGGCGCUGGUGUUUGCUUGUUCCGGUUUCCUGAGCAUGCUGGCCAAGAUCUACAUGACAGGUGCAUUCGCUGUAUUCAGUACCGCAGCCUAUUUGUUUAUGGACUUGACGCGAGAACGAGAGAUGAAGAGGAAAAUCGUUUUAUUGCAAGAGACAUCCAUUUAAAACGACAACAAAAUUCCUGCACAUAAAGAAAUUAUUUUGACACAAUUUUUUUUCAAUGCGCAUGAUUGAGUGACUAGAUUAUAUUGUUUUAAUGUCGGGUUCAUGUGCCUCUUUCUAUUAGGAACAAUAGUUAACUCUUUCUCUCCGUAAUUAUUUUCCACAUUUUGAUGGAAUUAUUCAUUUAUCUCAUUUCUGUUUCACUACCCUGUUAAGAUUUAACUUCAAUAACUUUUUUUUGUAUCUAAUCAGGGAAUGUUAUCUGUGGCAUUUUACGUCUCGAGAGACGAUCUUUUCCCUUUGCAACUUCUUGUGUGGCUAAAGAGGCCAAUCCUUGAUACACAGCUGCGAUCGCAGGUUGGGCAUAUAUAAUCACCAGGCGCCGUUGCAUUUUCACCCUUCUUUCUGCUUCUGUUGUGUAUGGCAUCUACAAUCUGUGACCCUUCCUUUAUGCUCUCUCUCCAUGUGUAUCUAUCCAGUGCCACCUCUUCCCAGCUGCCAAUGUCGAUUUUGAAGAACUUCAUGUCGCGUUUGCAUACAUCCGUAUAACGUAAAAGUGGGUGACCGGCGGCUCUCCUGCCUUCCAUUAGAUCGCCAUACAGGAUGUCCUAAUCAGGGAAUGUUAUAUUAGGUUUAAAAUUAGAGAAGAAUGCAUGCUAUUUUUAUAUAACACAAAUUAAAGUUAAUACAACAAAAAUUUAAUGGGGUCAAAUCAACGUUGAUAUCGUCAGGAGAGAAAGAGUUAAUCAACGCAGACAAGUUAAAAAGGAGAUUAAAAAAAAAUUAUUUUCUUUUUUCUUUAAAACAUCAAAAUAUGGAGCAUCUACGUAAUUAAUUUAUACAGCCAAUACAAAGUUGAUGAGGGCGCUGUGGCUGAGUGGUUAAGGGCUUGGCUUCCGAACCUGGUGCCAUAGGUUCGAAUCUCGGUGAAGAUUUGGAUUUUCAAUUUCGGGAUUUUUAUGGCGAUCCACCCAGCUCUAAUAGGUACCUGACUUAAGUAAAGGCGGUUGGUCGUUGUACUGGCUACAUGACACCCUUCUCAUUAACAGUUGGCCAAAGAAACAGAUGACCUUAACAUCGUCUGACCUAUAGGUCGCAAGAAAGGGGGAAAAAACAACAACAAAAUUGAUGUGAGGCUGAGUGACAUAAGCGUCUCAGGUUCGAAUCCCCGAGGUAGUCUACGAUAGGUAGUCUAUGAAGUCGUAAAGCCUUUGUUAUAGAAAAAAUUAUCGUGAUAGAACCAUAGACAUAAAUAAAUAUAGACUGGAAGUAGGAAGUUAUUUUUAUUUGGGGGGAGUCAAAUAUGUUUUAUGUACUAUAUCUAUGUGAAAAAAAAAUGGCGGCGAUUGAGCUAUAAAUUCUAGGACUAACAUUUCAGCCAAUAUAUACCUUUGAUCUUUAGUUUUGAAAAGUGCAAAAAUGCCAUAUUCCCAAUAUUUGUCUUUGUUUUAUAAUCAUAGACAUAGGCAAAUAUAUAUAGGUUUGUGAUGUGAAUCUACACACUUAUCUUUUCCCAAAUAUUUCCGAUAAUAAUUUGUUCUUUAUCGUCCAGUCUAUAUAUAUAUAUGUCUAUGGAUAGAACUAACAAAAAUGUACACCGCGAUUCCAAACAUUUGGUCACUAGUAAAAAAAAAAAAAAAAAAGUAGUAGGCUCGCCUUUACACUUUAACCCUUAAAAUGCGUGUGGUAGUUUAGCCUCUAAACGUCAGACUUGUAAUUCCAUUUUGUAUGUAUUAUUUUAAAACAAAUCAGCACUUUAAGGGUUAACGAAGUUUGGAUAUUUGUAUUUAUGUGUCCAAUCCAUGACUCGGUGACUUUUGUAUUUUGUCUUCAUUUUUUUUUUCAUCCGGUUUUGAUAGUAUUUAUUUGUCUCUUUUAUUUUAUUUAAUCAAAGUUUGUAAAUAGUUCAUUUUUUUCUUCUGCUUGUUAUGACAUCAUGAAUAAUUCUUUUCGGCGUUUUAUCACGACUCUGUUAUAUAUAAUAAUUAUUUCGUCUUUUUGCUUGUUGAAAAAAUAAAUUGGUGAAACUUU